AACUUGUCAAUCGGUUUUAAUGAGGCUGUAUCCUACCACGUGUGGCCAGAGACCGAGCCCUGCAUUUACAUGUUCCUCAUGUUUAUGUUGUUUUAGAUAAAGACAUUUGCUAAAUAAAUGUUUGGUAUAAAAAUAGAAGCUCAUAAUUGUAUUCUGCUGCUCAGGGAACUAGGGGAAUAUUUAGACUCCUGCAGCUGAGUUCUGCAGAUACUGGAUACCUGCUCAUGGAUGUUUCUAGCUUUUCUGUGCACAGAAAUCCAUUACAACAACCCAUAUGGGAGUUUCUGAAUGUACAAGUAAGGUGAGGGAGUUGGAAAGUGGUCAGAUGUUUUUGAGAUUUGUUUCCUUUUAUUGCUUUGUCCAGCUGAAAACCUCAAGUGGUGGGUAGAUGGAACUUUAAUACACGCUGAGGAAAAGAUCUUUAUCUGGAAGGCCUGUGAUCUAAAAUAAUGUUGUUGAAACUUUUCUGUUUAAGAACAGUAAUUAUACUCAUUGCAUUCUUCAGUUCAGGGAAGUUUCUGAGUAAUUCUACCACUAACUUUCAUUAUGGUCAGAUAGCCUUCUUGUCCUCCAAUGAAAUUCGAGUAAACUGACCCUUUAUUUGGCUUUUAAAUUCCGUUAUACACUAAUUUAGCUAAAGAAAACUUCACAAUGUAUUCAAAAAUGACUAGACUAGAAAAUAGCAUCAAAUCAGAAAUGAAAGCCCAACUGCCUCUAUCUUGAAGAUCUGCUCUUCUAUGUUAACACGCUUACUGAGCUUUCUCUAUAUUGUUUGUCAGAUUUUACAGUUUGAAUGGAAAAUGAUGAGGCUUUGAUGCAGAUGACGGCUCUUUGUGUGUGUGCAGAUGUGUAAACAGGACACCAGCACGCUGGUACAGACAGUGGGUGGAGGAUAAAGAAAGACAGGAAGACAACCAGGUAAGGAAAUAGUGACACAGAAGAGUGAGUUAGAGUGAGUGCGAAGACAAAGAAAAAGAAGGUUAGAGGUACACCUUGAGGAAGUGAGCGACUCAAGAGAGACAGAACAAAGGGAGCUUCUCACUGAAGAAUGGGAUUCGUGCAAUACUUUGUGGCUGUCCUGGUGUUAUCUGCGCAGUUGGUGCUCACCUAUCCCACGAGGACUGACACAGAGGAUAACUGCGUGUCCUGCCCUGCAGGUGAGUUUCAGAAGUCUUGUAUAAAGUGCCAACCAUGUCCGAAUGGAAGCUACGUGGAAACUACGGGGAACCAUGAAGAAAACUGCCAUCUCUGCUUUAGAGAUUGCUUACCAAAAUAUCAUCUGAGAGUGAUUCAGAACUGCUCAAGUACAACUCCUCUGAAGUGCGACUGUGAGCCUGGUUUCAGAUGCAUUGACAAGGUCGUGCUCUCAGACAACUGCAGAAAAUGUGAGAAGAUUGAAAACCCAAAAGCAACAGCGGUUAUCUCAGACAGAGAUAAACAAACAUUUCCCCCUCCUUCCUUGGUUCCCACCAAACCCUACCAGUCUCCCAAGUAUAGUGUUCGAGCAGUCCCAACAGCAUAUACCAGCGACAUGUCCAAUCUAGACAACACAAACUCCCAGCUGGCAGCCAUUUUGGGUCCAGUAAUUUUCCUGGGAUGUAUGGCCAUCGCGAUUCUGUUACACAUCCAUCGCCCACGAAAUCAAACACGUUUCAGGCAAACUCUUGCAAAGCUGUGUAAUGAGGGGCAAGAUUCUGCUCACAAGUCAAAGGAGUCAACUCAUCCAUUCCCCAGAGACUCUUUCAGUGCAAAGCAGCAACCAUCAUCAGUUUCAGCAGCCAGUCUGGGUUCAGUCCAAAUCCACAGUCCGGGCACCGUCAUCUUCAGCUUUCUCAGUCAGUUCACAGGCCAAGUCGGGCCAACUAUUCUUAGUGGGAAGAGACCAGAGAGUGUGAGCAAUGAGGAAGAAGAUGAGAAGGAAUGUCCUGUGUUUCAUCCUACUUCCUCCCCAAGUGUUCACCUCUCUGAGGAAGAGAGGAGCAUAGAGUCUGACAACAUUUUCUCCCCAUUCCAGGAGCAGGGGAAGGACUGCCACGUCUCCAAGGAGGAGGUGCUAUGAUGCCUCACAAAGAUCUCAGGAGAUUUGUUUUUGAGUUCAUGAUUGCUGGAAUCAAGUCAAGCCCCAAAAACACACUGUUUUGAAUGAGGGAACUAUAAGACUAUGAAAACACAAGCACAGAUGAAUGUGCAGACUGGCAAACUGGGAAAGGAUCACAGCUGAUAUUAUUUCCUGCAGGUUCUGGAGAAUUCACUGCACAUAAGAAACUUGAUAAUCCUUUGAUAAACAGCUCGAAUGUGAUCUUUUCUGUAGGUUUUAAUUUAAGAAACCUUGUAAAUACUCCUUCAUAAGCUUUGUCAACUAAAGUAUUAGAUAUGAGUACAAUGCAUUUUGAGUUAAAUGAUUUUUUUUAUUUUGAAUAAAGAAAACUUAGUUGAAAUAAAUGUAAAUUAUUACAAAAUAU